AUUUGAAAGAUACUUCGAAAGGAACAAGAAGAAGCAUUAACAGUUGGAUUCAGAUUAGUGUCAUUGUUCUUGCUGUUGAUAGUGAGAGGAGAAAGCGGGCAAGCAGGAUAGGCAUCAAGCAAAUGGAUUUGUCGAAUCUCACUUCGCUUCCUGAAGAGAGCGAAGAAGAACAACCGCAUGAACCGCCGCGGGACAAGCCAAUGGUGUCUGCUUUUGCCUCUCGGCCUGAUCGACCUCCAACUCAGAGUUCUUCACAAAAAUAUUCACCCUUAGAUUGGUUGAGCUACUUUGAUAGAGAGGAAGAUGUCUGCAUAUCAGGCUCGAAUGAUGUCUUUCACGUAUAUAUGGCAGGAACAGAAGGACCAGUUGUUUUUUGUUUGCAUGGAGGUGGUUAUUCUGGGCUUUCAUUUGCAUUAUCUGCAAGCAUAAUUAAGGAGAAAGUCCGUAUAGUUGCUAUGGACAUGAGAGGACAUGGAAAAUCAUCUACAGAGAAUGAUCUGGAUCUAUCUAUUGAGACAAUGUGCAAUGAUGUAUUCGCAGUAUUAAAGGAAAUAUAUGGGGAUUCCCCUCCUGCAAUUGUGCUUGUUGGUCACAGCAUGGGAGGGUCAGUUGCUGUGCAUGUUGCAGCGAAGAAAGAAUUGCGUACCUUGGCUGGCUUGGUUGUAGUAGAUGUUGUCGAGGGAACAGCUCUAGCUUCAUUGGUCCACAUGCAAAAAAUCCUAUCAAGCCGAAUGCAACAUUUUCGAAGCAUUGAAAAAGCGAUUGAAUGGAGUGUGAGAGGAGGUAACUUAAGAAACAUCGACUCUGCCCGUGUAUCUGUACCUACCACAUUAAUGUAUGAUGAUUCAAAACAAUGUUAUGUUUACCGAGCACGCUUGGAGGAAACUGAACAAUAUUGGAGAGGCUGGUAUGAAGGCCUUUCUGAGAAAUUUCUAUCAUGUCCUGUUCCGAAGCUCUUGCUUUUGGCUGGAACUGACAGACUGGACAAAGCUCUCACAAUAGGCCAAAUGCAAGGCAAGUUCCAAAUGGUGGUAGUCAGGCAUACUGGUCAUGCUAUACAGGAAGAUGUACCUGACGAGUUUGCCAUGCUAGUUCUCAACUUCAUAUCCCGAAACCGAAUUGGUCCUCAUGGCGUUGAGAUUCCCGGACUCCGUCGGCCAUUGCAGUCACAAACUUAAUGUGAUUAAUGAUAAAUCAACGGUGGCAGCUGGCUAAGGCUUGCCCUUUUUCUAACUCUGAAGGCUGGACGAGGUGUGGGUUUUUCCAUAUUAUCGCAAUGCAGGCAUACUUUUUUGUGAAUAAGAUUAGUAACGUCUGCCUUGUUCUUAAGUUUAAAGGAAAGCCUACAACAUUUCUCAUUACUAAAGUUAUUAGUCACAAACUGGAUACACAAUUUCUAUAAUUGCAAGAGGCAACUUAUUACCGUUCUGGUUAACCUCAAAUUUCAAGCGGAAGCAUUGGUUCAAGUUC